AUGGCCGUGACUAGUGCUGACGAUGCGGCGAGCAGCCCGAGGAUGAUCAACGCCGGCAGUGCUGCAACCCGUGGCGCCUUUGCCGCAUCGGAGUGGGGCGGUUUCUUCAUCACCCACGACCCUCCUCGCCCGCAGGCAUGGCAUACAUAUAUACUCCUUCCAUCUGCAGAUCUACCUUUGCUCGUUUUCCAUUUUGCCCAACCUCCACUGCAAAGGUCGGAAGAGUGGAUGAGGGAGAGGGUGGAGGAGCUAAAGGGGCGAGUCCGCACGAUGUUCUCCGACGGCAGUGUGGCUGAGGCGGUGACAUUGAUGGACACACUUGAGCGUCUCGGCGUGGAUGGCCACUUCCGCGAAGAGAUUGACUCGGCCAUAAGCCGGAUCGUUCACCCGGAUGAGUCCGCUGGUUUUGAUGACCUUCAUGUUGUCGCGACUCGGUCUCGGUUGCUUCGGCAGCAUGGGAUAUGGGUGUCCACAGAUGCGUUGGACAACUUUAGAGAUGGCAUGGGCAACUUCAAGGCAAGCCUGAGCAGUGACCCGAGGGCUCUACUAAGCUUGUACAACGCAGCUCACAUGGCGGUACCGGGUGAUGGCCCGGCCCUCGACGAUGUCAUCAACUUCACACGGCACCAGCUCGAGACCAUUGUAGCAAAAGGUGAGCUCCGAUCGCCGUUGGCGGAGCAGGUCGCCCGCGCCCUCGACCACCCUCUCCCGCGGUUCACCAGGCUGCUAGAGACCAUGUAUUACGUUGGUGAGUAUGCGCAAGAGGAGACGCAUGACAAUACGCUGCUGGAGCUUGCUAGGCUCAACUCUCACCUCAUGAGGUCUCUUCACCUCAGGGAGCUAAAGGCAUUGUCCUUGUGGUGGAGGGAUCUUUACGACACGGUGAAUCUACCGUACACUCGAGACCGUAUGGUGGAGGUCUACUUUUGGAGUUGCGGAAUGAUCCCUGAGGAGGAACACUCACGCGCACGAUUGAUGUUCGCCAAGACGUUUGGGUUGGUGACUUUUCUUGACGAUACCUAUGAUGUCCAUGCCACCUUAGAGGAAUGUCGUAGUUUCACCAAAGCCAUGCAGAGAUGGGACGAUAGCGCGGUUUCUAUUCUACCUGAAUACCUUCGCAUGCUGUACAUCAAAACGCUAAGCACCUUCAAAGAUUUUGAGAAUAUGUUAAAACCGCACGAGAAGUACCGCAUGUCUUAUGCAAAAAAAGUGUACCAACUACAGGCGGAAUACUAUAUGCAAGAGGCCCAAUGGUCCAACGACAAGCACCAGCCGACCUUCAAGGAACACGAGGAGCUGUCGGUCAUGUCUUCGGGCUUGCCGAUGCUUAACCUCGUGGCCCUCAUGGGCUACGGCGCCAUAGUAACCAAGAAGGUAUUCGAGUGGACAUGCGCCGUCCCCGACGUAGUCCGUGCCGGUGCACAGAUCGGCCGCUUCCUCAACGACAUUUCCUCUUACAAGUUGGGGGAAGAAGGACGUGGCUAG